GGAGGACUCCAAGGUUCUGGGAGCGAUGGUGAUCCCCGCCUCAAGCUGUCGUCCUCCCCUCAGCCGGAGACUUCCUGGCUUUCAGAAUGUGUCAUUGCAAUGUCCCCAACAUUUGAUAUCAUGGCUGCGGCGUAUAAAAGCCGCAUUGUUAUAUUGUCUUGUCGCUGGGAAAAGUCGGCCGAGGAAGAAAGGAAAAAAUGAAGUUGAGAAUAACCUGGCGCGGCUCAGUUGGUUUUAACACCAGUGAUGAAGUCAGUGCGUUACUGUGUCUGCCGCUGAUCUCCCAGAAACAGAGCAGCACCGGCGGACCAGAUUGGACGUGUGUCAUUAUUGGCUUGACUUCGGGAUAUGUGGCUAUGUAUACUGAGAGUGGUUUGGUCUUACUGUCUCAGCUGUUUGAGGAAGAACCUGUCCUGAGUCUCAAGUGUCGUACUCUGUCAAGCGGCGUCAACGGUGUAGUGUCCCCUGACAUGGGCGAGGAGUUGGUCAUUCUUUACCCUCGCUCCAUCACCACCAUAGAUGGAUUCUCUCUCUUUCAAACCUUACGUGGCUGUAGGAACCAAGUUGCCAAAGCAGCGGCCAGUGGCGGGGAGAGUGUCAAUGUUCCACCACUUGGGUACAAAAAGUGGGGCCUUAUAGACCAGGGGAUGGUGAAGGACUGUGCCACUCCGGGUGUGAUGCCUCCGUACCUCUACGACCACAUGGCUCAUUCUUCUCUGGCAAAGGGAUUCAAUCAUGUCGUGUCCUCAGGUGCGCCGGCUACUUCUGUGUUAAUGACGGUCGGUCGUGUACCCUUCGUUGGUUUCCUCACUGCUCAAGAGGGCUCUGCUCCCCCUUUUGUGGCAGAUGUUGCUCGUCUGUAUGCCAGUAAGCUCAAGGAUGCUCUGGUCUCUGCUGCCAGUGGCUGGCUGUUUGGGAGAGCUAAGACAAAAGAGGUGGAUUCGUCCAAGAUGAAACCUAAAAUUGAACUUGCUACCCCAUUACCCUACAGAUGGUCUAUACCAGAUAAGAAAAGAAUCGGUGUGUCGGUGAGUGUUUCCCUGGGACGAAGACUAGCAGUUGUCACGGAUGAUUUUGGCCGUGUGACGCUGAUAGACGUGCACAGGUGUGUCGGCCUGCGCAUGUGGAAAGGUUACCGUGAGGCUAAUUGUGGAUGGCUCGAGGUGGAGGGGGAAUGGGGCGGGACUAAGAGGCUCGUGGCGUUCCUCCUCAUCUAUGCUCCCCGUCGAGGCUUACUGGAGGUUUGGACGCCACAGCAGGGACCGAGAGUGGCAGCUUUUAACGUCCCCAAACAAUCCAGAUUGAUAUACACUCCCCAUACGAUGCUGGGAGUAAACAGUGUCCGAGGAGUUCGAUGUAAAGUGUUUCCGGUGAUAUUCAUUACCCCAGAUGGCUUGAUAAGUGAGGUGUCCAUUCCUUUCCACUUGGCACUUGGAGGCAAAACUAGUAAACGAGCGCGAGAUCUCCACCUGGUCAAGACCCUUAAGACUCACCUGAGGAAUGGUAACGAGGAAGAGGUGUUGGCGACCAUGUGCGAGAUCAAGACCGCUGGGGUGCGUAAACAGGCUGUGCUGACGCUCAUCAUGUCUCAGCACCUCACUGUACCUCUGUUACAGGGUCUCCUUGAUCACUUCCUCUCUCUCUAUGUUGUAGUGGAUGACACACAAGAUGAAGAAGGGGCUCAGAAUCUGGAUCAUGAGAGCCGCUUGCUUGGCCAACAGCUGCUCCGCCUCAAGCAACUGCUGCACUUAUACACUGCCCUGACUCAGCUGCAUAAAGUGCGGGAAGCAUCACCUGACCCAGACGACCAAGACCUUGUAAUAGAACUGGCAAAGCUCUUGGUGUUGACUCCACAUGAGACUGGGGAGGUGUUGACUUCCUGUGAACACAACGGCUACUCCAACUACUUAAAUACAUGUACAAAGAAGGUCACGUUUCUUGAAGUUGCACAAAAUAUAAGUGUUGGGUCUUUUAUCCGGUGUUGGGACGUGUGUGUGGGUACUCUAGCCAAGACCGACGGUGCCUCUGUGCUGCCUGUAGAGCUGAAAGAAGACAUUCCAUCAGAGAAGAAACUCAAGCUUGGUGAAUUUCUGUAUGGAUGGGCAUGGCACGGGGAGAGUGUCAAGUCAUUUAGGACAGCUAUUAAAACCAGCGGCACCAACCCUGAGUCUCUGCUCCACGUUGCUCUCAUACACUGGUCACUCAGCCCUCACCCAGACACUGUGGCUGCUCUCCACUUUGGCACUAUCGUACACACGCUCUCUUCAUUAGCAGGUGAUAAAGUUCUGUGUGAUAUCAGUGAACAGAGCCAGUGGUGGACAGCGGUGAGGGACAAGUUGAUAGCUUCUACUCAGCCGUAUCACGCGUUCAUAGCGGCACUCCUCUGUAGGGGUAGUCAUGCCACCCUUGAAGCUCAGUCACACUCCCGCAGACAAAGUAAUAUAAAGAAAGCUAAAGAUACUGAGGAAAGUGAAGUUGAAGCUAAAACUCAGACAGCUGACGGCUAUUCUUCUUUAAAUGACUGGGAAGGAUUAUCUAUGGAGAUGGUGGAGUGGAACUUGGUGUUGUGGCAAGUGGAAUGUCUAAUGCCCCUGAACCAGCUGUUGUCACUGUUGCCACCAAAUGGAUCAGAGAGAAGACCCAAACUGGAGGUGUCUGCAAAGGCCCUACUGGACAAGGGUAAAGGCUACGUUGCCGAGCUGGUGGCUAACUGGUUUAUUGGGUCUGGCUUGUCCUUGUCCACGGUUGAGAAGCUGCUGGAGCAACAAGACACGUAUAGAAAAUCAAAAGAGCGGGAGGAGGCCAUGGACGUUGAUAAUGGCAGAGAAAUAUUGGCUGGCGAUGAUGAGAAAAUGACCGUAGAUGUUGAGGAACCUGAUGAAGAAGAUGCCACCUCUGAAGAGAUCAAAAAACUGUUGAGAAGAGUUGGAGCGAAGUUCCCACACUCGGUAGCUGGCGAUUCAGUCUUCACAAAUAUGGCUUGGGAGUUGGCGGCAGCUUGGCACAAAACUCCAGAUGACGUCAGUAUGCUGUUCCAGGCCCUGUGCCACAUUGACAAGAUAAAGAAUUCUCACAUUAGACACGGUGUUUCUCUGAUGAUCUGGGAGACCUGGGUGAGUCAGUGUGUCCGGGCAGCCUCGGAUCUGAUGGAGAAGGUGGGACGACUACCGAAGGAUAGACUCUGCCGCCGUGACCUGGGACUUGGUGAACACAGCCUGGCACCAAUGUUCCAGGCUGGUUUAGGAUUACUGGAACAAAUAAUGGAAGCAAAUGUGGUGUGCGAGGUGGAGAAGCCAUUGGUGUUGUCAGCUGAUAGGUUCUGGAUGGGUCAAGAAGGUUCCCCAGCACUAGUAGAGUUGACCAUCAUGCAGAAGAUGACCUGUUAUGACCUCGUGUACCAGCAUUACCAGUUGGUGUCUGUACUGUACCUCACCGCGCAGCAUAACCUCAAAAACAUCAGACCGUUGUCGUGUUUUGAUGGCAAGGGUCGUAGUGUGUUAUUUAAGUCCCUAACAACGAGCUGGACAGUUGGCGGCUACACUGACCCUGCAGUGUCCAAGGCUCGUAUGGCUCUCCUGUGUCGGGUGAUCACCGCCGCCAUCACUUCUCUACCAGACAUAGCUGGUCCAAGUCAGGGGUUGAUGGUUCGAUUCCCGGGUACUUCCAGUUCACCCAGCUGUAAAUGGGUACCUAGUUUUACAACUUGGGGUAACUCGACGAACAUACGUCAAGCAAUAGACCUGGGUAGGGCCUGGGGGCUGACUCUCGACGUCUUGAAUCGUCACCACAUCUGUGAACUCUACACAUCUGGUUUUGAUAGUGCAGCUGAGGAAGUUCUUCCUAUAGUCAACGACGGUCCAUUAUUAGGGUCUCAGUUGGUGUUACUCGCCGGCCAACGACUACACCACCACCUCCUCAACUCCCCGCGUACUGCCCACCACCUGGCCUUGACGUCACCCACCAUCACUGAAUGGGUCAAGUCCUGUGACACUGGGAGUCUACGGUGUCCGACGGUGCCUCUGGAGCAGACGCUGAUGCUCCUCACAAGGGCCCUCAACCUGCUCUCAGAGUCCAGUCAGGAAUACAAGAUGGCCACUGCGCUCUAUGAAACUUUGUCGGCCUUUGUACGGGAUCAGAGUUCAUCGUGUACGUAGUCUUCAAUGUCUCGUAUAACAUCAUCUUAAUAAGGGCUGUUAUAUAUAUACUGUAUUAUGUAUAAUGUCUUUCAUUAUUCAAGAUAGUUAUUCCUGGCUUGUUAAACUCAAAGGGAAUUUAUUUUCAUAAUUUCCUUACUGUACUUCAUAUAGUUUCACAUUUUAUGCAAGGUAUUUUUGGUAAGCUGAUCAUUGUUGAGGAGUUGUUGCUAUACACUUUCAGCAUUAAAAUAUUUUGCCUAUUUUCUUUAAUUUUUACUGAACAGAAAUGACAUCUCAUUCAUCUUCAGAUUUGCAAAAAAAUGUUCUUGGAGAAGGAGCGAGCUUUAAAAAAAAAUAUUAUUUCCCAAUUGUAAAAAAAUGGAGAGCGCAUUAUAUAAUUUUUUUUACAAUUUUGAUACAGCUGUGAGGGCGAGGAGUAAGGAAAUAGAGUUGGGGAUACUAGUGUAAGGUGGACAUGUUCAGUGUAUGGAGAGUUGACUGGUACAUAAAGAUGUUCCUAAGUUUUGCAUUUCUAUAAUUUAUCACUACUGUACUAUGAGCACAGACUGUGGCUCACACAUUAAGCUGUGCUGCCAAUGGCUACAGGAUUUUAUUAGUGUUGACGGAGAUUUUAUAAUGGUAAUCUUUCAUGUCCUUUCUAGAUUUUAUUUUAUGCUAAUGGAUGUUUAAUGCAACAAUCAAAAACAUUAAAUAAAAUGUUCUAAGACUAAAGACUACACAAUAAUAAAUGAAAUUUAAUUGGAAAAAAAUUAUUGUGCCUACAUUUUGGUGAAUAUCUGCAGAUGUUCCUUGUUAUUCAGACUGACUCACCUCCAUCAGUAAGGAGAGGUGUGGUGUUAAUGAUGUAUUUCCAGUGAGUAUAUGAACAAUACCGUAUUGUAUGUGUGGUGUGGCUGUCAUUAUGCUCCCCUCCCCUCCCCUUCAUGGAGGAUGAGUGGAUACAGCACUCAUCUCCUAAUCUAAGGGUCUUUGGUUUGUACCGAAGGAACCCCAGUCGACCCAGCUGUAAAAGGGUACCAUAUUUAUCUGGUAACUUACAGAGGGAAGACAGUUAAGUUUAGUGCUUCCAUGUGUCCUGAAGGCUUAGUAGACAGGGUGUUUUAUCCCUACUGUCCUAAAGGGUUUAUCUGGAAUCCACUUUCAUAUACCUUUAUAUCAUUAUCAGCUUGACCAUGUUGUAACCAGGGUGGGUGUUCAUUAUUGCAUGAGUCUGGGAAUAUGAAAUGGUGGUGCUUGAGACAGACACUUACAGCUGCUCCCUGAUGCUCUCUCUGCCACAGUGUAUCAAAGAUGAUAUAAAAAGAGUUCUGUGUAAUUGUUGAAUAUUUUGUAUUUGGAUCAUUGAUGUUACAAAGUUUUUAUGUUCUUGGUAUUUACUUUCAAACUUGAUGAUCUGUUAAAACAACAUUCUUGAGGUCUUGAGGUACUGUAUAGAAUUGUACAACAUCAUUAGCAAGAGUAAACCUUCAUGACUCCAGCCAAUGUGGUCCCUCUUACGGCCGGAGGUUGAAUCACCCUCUUCCAUUACUUGGGGGUCAUCGUGUUUCAACCAGAGUUAGAAAUAAAAAUGAGUCACAAAGGACAACGCGCUUCAGUGUUAAAACUCUGGUUGAAACACGAUGACCCCCGUCAACGGAAGAGGGUGAUUAAAAAACUGUCCGUUAAUGUAUCUUGAGGCCGAGGGACCUUUAUAUAACCUAUAGUUUCUACAUCACAUCACCACCAUGAUACAUCAUUACUCAGUGUCAGUGUCUCAUGUCAAUGUAUCAAACUGUGAACACCAAACAUUGAUUUAAAAAUAUAAUUAAUCAAACAUGUUGCAGGUUUUUGUUAAUAAUACAUAGCUGUUACCUGUUUAGUAUUGUUUGUAACCAAAUCGUCACCCAGAUUUCAGAAUCAUUGGAUAUACAGACUUCUCACCAGACUAGUGUAGAGUACCAACUGUAAAUAGCUGGGUGGAGGACACAGAGAAUAAGAAAUAAUGUUUUAUCUGCACAAGUCAUCAUUGUGUGUUCAGUAGAUCAGCACAAGAGUAAGGUGGGAGACAGACAAAUAUUAAUAUUCUUAAAUGUCAAAGUCUUGGUGUCCAGUGAUGGAUCUUUACACUUGUUUUGUGUUGAAUAGAAUCAGACUAUUUCUGACCACUGAAGAUAAGCUCCCAUGUAUACCAGCACAUUAUAAUUAGGAAACAAAUGGCUGCUAAAUGAAUUGACACUUUUAAAUUACGAACAAAUCAGGAAUUAUACAUUUCAUACAAAUUUUUCUUUGACAAAAGCAUAAGUACUUAAACUAUUUAUUUCUAGUAAUAAUGGAAAAUAAUCUGGUGUACAUAAUGAUGAAAACUAGUAAUUUAAGACCUGUUCUGGGAUCCCCAGUUAGAGAAAAAUGUGACAUGGAACUCCUAGGCUUUACAUUUUGUUUCUUCACACGACUAAUUUAUGAUAGAAUUUAUUUGAGGUACAAGACUAAACUAUCUCUUAACAAUCCCUGAACUGGCAAAUGACAUUGAAUACUUGUAACAGCAGAUACAAUGGAUUAGGACCAUAACAGAAUCAUAGCUUGUUUCCUUCUAGCUUCUGGUAGAGUCGUGUUAUUGUCCUCACAGUCAUUAGAAAGAUGUCUGCCUUUGUAUAGGACCAGUGAAGAUAUUUAUGGUUUAAGCUCAAAGUUAUUAUUCUUAUGUACUUCACUUUCAACUUGUAACUAAUUGAUGUGUGUGUGUGUGUGUGCAUGCGUGCCUGAGAGGUGGAGAUACAUAAAUUAACAUGAGUUUGAAGAACCAAGAGGUAGCAGACAUUUCACCACAGAUUGACAAUAAAUUUAACUACAUUACAUUAAUCUAAUUUAACUAAAAAACUCUCUAGUUCUCAUUACUUUAAUUAACCAUUUAGUAUGUUAACUUCUAUGCUAAUUAGUACUAUGAGUUAUUUGCUAAUCAUGACAGUAGAUAAAUUUCCUUAAUAGAGUUUGUGUGAGACUAAGUACCAUAUUUGAUUUUGUUAAGAGGAUUAUAUCAGGAGUUCAAAGAGGGGGGCGUGAUCCUGCUCUUAAGCCGAUAUGUGUACAGGUUAUGUUAUCAGUGUGGCUGUGGGACCAGAAAUCAUUAAAUCCCAUGUUGACUGUGAACCUUCAAGGAGACCCCCUAUGUACACAAAUUCACCCGGGUUGGGGAAGAUUUGUAUAUACCCAAACCAUGAACGAGACCAUAUGUAAAUUUAGUCUUUAUAUUGUAUAUCACCUCACAAUUAUGCCCCCCAUACAAAUAGUUUUAGGGUGAUUAAACUUCAAUCUGGUUUAUCUUAGGGGGGGGGGAGGAUGACUCUUUAGGUGAGCACUUCGGGGGGAGGGGGGCUAAUAUUCAAGUGAUCUAUAAUGGCUAAAUUUACAAAAAGUCUUGUUUGAAAUUUUGUCUUCGAUCUCAUCACUGCAUCCAAUCCAGGAUAAUUUCUAUACCAGGGGUCACCUAUAGAGAUAACAAUUGACCCGACAUUAGGUAUUUUGGGUUCUUCAGUAUAGACGCACUGUCAUCAUCUCUAUGGAAGCUCAUAGAAAUAUCAUAUCACACCUUUGAAAUAAUCCCAUAAGGAAGAACAGAAUCAUAAUGUGUUCAAGAAGCCUCAAGUUGUUGAUGAUGAACCUUAGUAUAGACCAGGGAGGAAUACUCACAACUUCUGUCAUUCAUAAUCGUCUUCUCCUUUGAUAUUUAUACAUAUUUCCUGAACUGUAGUACUGUACUGUAAACUAUUUGGGGGACAUUAACUAAAGACAUUAUUAACUAUAUUAUGCACUGAAGUACAGUAUUGAAUAGAAACAAAUUGAGUUUUCACAUCAUCUCUCAACCUACUAAUCACAUCACUGUUCUUCAUAUGAAAAAUAUCUGCAGAGAAUAUUAGCUCAUGUCAGGGGUUUUGAAGUGAGUGUGAUUGUGUUUUUGGAAACUCUCUCUCUAAGAAAUAAUAAGAUAUUUACAGUGUGUGUGUGUGGCCCACAACAAUAUGCCAACUUAAUAGGUAAAAUUUUUUAAUGUGUUGGACUGAUUCAUUCAUAUCUUCCCAGUACAUUUUAUUUUUUGCUCAUGUUAAAAAUGGGAUGAAACAGAUUCCUAUGUUCAGACACUAUAAAUGACCUUUAGCUAUAAACUGUACCCCAAAAAAAUCACUACCACAGUUAACUAUGAAGCCCUGGCGUGAUCCUGUAAAUCUCUCGCUGAUGUUAACGAGGGGUUGUGGGUGACAAAGUUGUGAUUAGUCCAAGUGUAAUUAUCUUAUCCAUGGUGCUGAUCAUCCUUGUUAAUAGCUGUUGAUACAUACAUAUAUAGAUAGAUACGGUAUAUAUUAUUAUUAUUAUUACUACGCCAUUUCGAUUUGGAUAUAUACAACCGCUAACAAAAAUACCAUUGCCCCUUCUGCCGCUUCACGAACCCCGAAAUUCAAACUCGUGAACCCGAAGCAGUAGACUGAUGCAUUAUUCUGUCUAUAAAUGCUUCGGAUUCACUAGUCUGAAUCGUGGGGUUCGUGAAGCAGCAGUAGAGGUGACAGGACCUUUGUUUGCGACUGUACGUGAAACUGAUGGUAUUUGGAUAUCAUGUGGUCGGGGUUAAAUGAUUCAUCUCAGUUUUCUUGUCCAAUGGAAGCUUUAAUUAUUGUAUAACUACUGUAAUAUGAAAAUGUUUUUAAAUCUCAAAUGAACUUAAUAAAUAAUAUUGUAUUCA